CACGCGCCAGCAACAAGGAAUAAGGAGGUUAGGAGGAAGCGACCUCGAGCUAAAUGGUGGACACUUCAUCGAAAACCGUGGAAAUAGCACCGAGAAAUAUUUCAGACAUGCCUUGAAAACUCAUCUACAUGUAGUCAGAUAUACAGGGUAGCAGUAUGGGUCUUAGGGAGUCAAAAUUAUGCUUUCUUCCAUACGAAGAGGCGGUAAAACGAGUUACGGAGGAGGAGAUGCAGAGACUUCGUCUAGCAUUCAAGAGGUCUUCUGGAGUCAGUGGAUUAAUGCCACAGAACAUGUUCAGUCGAGAAGUGUUGGGAGACGGUGUGCCAUCCAAAGUUUGCGAGCAAAUCUAUGGAGCCAUCGGUGGAACUGGUAAAGGGGUAACAUUUCGGGAUCUCCUGUGCGGUUUGGUGUUGUUAACGCGAGGCACACGAGAAGAGAAAAUAAAAUUUAUCUUUAAUGUGUAUUCAUCUGAUGGUACAUAUGUGACAAAGGACUGCAUAGAAAGCCUUAUUCUCGCUUGCGAUGGGGGCAAUAUACCACAAGUUGUGAGUGAUGUGUUCUCUGAGGUGGACCGAUUAACAUUUGAUGAGUUCUCCCAUUGGCUAUUGAAGCACCCUGAUGUCACAACUCUGACAAGAUGGCUACUGAUCGUUAGCAGUGGUUGCAGUCUGCAGUUAACAGACAACAGUGAAACACCGACCUUCUACCAGACACUAGCUACUGUCACACAUUUGCAAGAGCUCGAUAUCAUUGAGCUGGAAAAGAAGUACUGGUUUCUCAAGUCAGCAUCCAAAAGUGGAAAGUUUGACUUGGAGACAUUCACCAUGCUGGCAUCUCCCCCAAUACCAAGUAGUGCUUGUAAAGGUUUAUUCCAAGCCUUUGAUGAGAACAAUGAUGGUCAUAUUGACUUUAGGGAGAUGGCUUGUGGGAUCUCAGCCUGCUGUCGUGGAUCCAGCUCAGAGAGACAACAGUUUUGUUUCAGGGUUUUUGACUGUGACCAAGAUGGUUUUCUGUCUAGAGAUGAGCUGGAACUUAUGUCCAAGAUUCUCCUUCAGAUUAGAAAAGAGAAUUCUCCUGAAAAGGAAACAGACGAGUACUGUGACUCUAUCCUUAUGGCUGAGGAAAUUUUAUCCAACUGUGAAAAACCCAAGGAUGGCAAGGUGAAUCUGGAAGAAUUUCAAGUGUGGUCCAACCUCCACCGCUUUUCACUGCUCUUUCCUAAGCUCUUAGUCCAGGUCUGCCAUAUUGUGUUAGGACUGAGGCCACUCACAAGAGAAGUUGAAUUACAAGUUAUCAGGGGCUGGCUCGAGCGUGAAAACCAACAGGGUCUUAAACCUGGAACACUUUGGUACCUGGUAUCUAUGUCAUGGUGGAGAAAGUGGAAGGAAUUUGUUAACUAUCAGCCAACACGAAGAUCAUCAACAGGAUCCGUGAAGAAAAAUGGCACAAUUCCUAGCAAGCCCAAUCAGACAGCAAACAAUACCCCAACAUGGAGCUCAGAAUCGUUACGGACGAGAACAAUACUGCGCAGGGAGUCACAUCCCUCCUACCCCAACACAGCAGUGACCAAGAAUGAGAGCAUGAAUGGUCACUGUACUCCUGAGGUGGAGCCUGGGCCAGGACAAAUUGAUAACACAUCCCUCAUUGAACCUGAAACUAGGAAGGUGAUGAUACUAACUGGAGAAGGAGGAAGGCUAAAGCGAAGUGUUCCUCUUGGGAGAGGCAGAGAUUUUGAGAUUCUGCCUGAACCCGUUUGGAGAGCAUUGUUGACUUGGUAUGGUGGGGGUCCAGCCCUUCCCAGGACGGUAGUGGUACCAUUAAAUGGUGACUCUACACCAGAGCUUGAACUCUUUCCAUUAAACUUGAAAAUCUACCGGCAUUCCCCUCCACCUACAAGAGGUGGUAUUACUACCUGGACAGGGGUGGGGUUUGGCCUGAGCAGCUUUGGGUUCAACACCAACUCCAUGACAGCUAGCCAUGCCCCUCCCAAGAAGUACCUGGCAUAUCUUGCGGCUUUCAGCUACAUCAACACCCUCCAGCAGGUUCUGGAGUACAUUAGUGGCCGGCUGCGGAUACGCACUGAGGAUCUAAGACUUUGGAUCAUGAAUGAUGAUAACACCUUGCACCUCCUAGAAGAGGAAAACUCAUCUCUGAGGGAUCUCAACUUAACAGACAACAUGAAUCUUCUAUUAGAAGUGCGUAACAGGGACAUGAGCUGGCCUGAGGAGAUGUCAUCACUAGCUUCCAGCAAAAGUCUGAGGGAAAAACUCAACCUUGAGCCUACUGAGAAGGGUGCUACAGGCCUUAGCAACCUGGGUAAUACUUGCUUCAUGAACUCUGCACUACAGUGCCUCAGUAACACACAGCCCCUCACGCAGUUCUUCACUGCAAAGUGUCACUACUAUGAGCUAAAUAGGACUAACCCUCUAGGCAUGAAGGGCCAUAUAGCUCGUCGCUAUGGCGACCUUGUAGAAGAUCUCUGGAGUGGGAGUUCGAGGAGUCUAGCACCUCUCAAGCUGAGAUGGACGAUAGGGAGGUACGCCCCAAGGUUCAAUGGCUUUCAUCAACAUGAUGCUCAGGAGUUCCUGUCAUUUCUUCUAGAUGGUCUACAUGAGGACCUUAACAGAGUUCAUGACAAACCUUAUGUGGAACUCAAAGACAGUGAUGGCCGGCUUGAUGAGAUUGUUGCUCAAGAGGCCUGGGAUAACCAUAUCAAGCGGAACCAGUCCAUUAUCGUAGAUUUAUUUCAGGGUCAGCUCAAAUCGCAAGUCCGCUGUGUAGAGUGUGGCUAUGUGAGCGCCAGGUUUGACCCCUUUACCUUCCUCUCACUGCCUCUCCCAAUGGAUAACUCCAUCUUCAUCGAAAUCGUUGUUGUCCCCCUGAGUGGCGCCACACCCGUAAAGUACGGCCUUCUGCUGAACAAUGACGAUAAAUACAAGGCUGUACGCAAGGAGCUUGCCAAGCUGUGUGUCAUCAACGUGGCGCAGCUACUGCUGGUGGAGGUGUACGGCGCCACAGUCAAGAGCCUACCUACAGACUCUCAAAAGAUCCGCUCAGCUUUAGGUGGUAUCCUGUAUGCCUACGAGGUCCCCGAGAAUGUGUACGACACGCCGACCUCCUCGCCAUCAGUGGCAUCCCGACAACAGAUCGUCACUUCCUUCAAGAAGACACCCACUAUUGUACCCGAGUCUGAAGAGGAUGCUAAUAAAUGCGAGAGUAACGCUCCCCCUAGGCUUGACAAUAAGCCUAGUAGUAACCAUGGUCAAACCGACCCUGCCAAUAAGCCUUGUGAACGUGGCCCAGCGAAGCCCGACGAUACACCUUCAGGUACCGGAGAAAUUGGUCCAGCUGGAAGCACGAGAUUUACUGAUUCAGAUAAAAACUCUAGUAGAGGAACCAUCGAAAGUGGCGAUACAGAUAAGAACUCGAAUAGAGGGAGCAGCGAGAAUGUGCUGCGUGUGGAGGAGAACUGGUUCUCGGAAGAUUCCAAGAAAAAGCGACGGAAUAGUCCUAGCUUGCUCAAGAGGCUGAGCCCUAAACCCAGAAAAAAUGUCAGUCCUAAGAUAACGGUAAAUUCAACGAAUGGCGACUUACGGGAGUCUUCGUCGUCUUCCUCAUCAGAGCUUUCGUCCCAGGGGUGCUCGGCCUCAGACUCUGGGAUUUCUAUGAACAAUGACCAGUCUCCCACGAUUCACAACCGACGUGUGGGGACUGGCGGCGAUGGUGUGGAGACACCGUCAUCGGGACCUUCACCUUACUUGGGAUACUGCUUUAAGGGAUUCGUAGUGGCGAUUCAUAGAAAGAUGAAUCGUUCGGAUGCAUACUUCCUGUCACCCCAGAAGAACAGACCAAGUUUAUUCGGGGUCCCUGUGGUUGUCCCGUGCACGUCCCGCACAAAGCAUUGCGAGCUGUACCAGACCGUGUGGAAACAGGUUUCCCGACUUCUUAGCGCGCCUGCUCCCGGAGACAAGAACGCCAAGGAUGGGAACACCGGUGAUUACCCGUUCGAGCUGCGCGUAGUGCAGAAGGAUGGAGUCACGUGUGCUUGGUGUUCAUGGUUCCGGUUUUGCCGUGGUUGCCUUAUCAAAUGUUCGGAUCAAGAGUUCGGUAACAGCUCGUCGUACAUAGCGAUCGAGUGGGACCCGACCACGCUACACCUCCGCUACCAGUCGUCCCUGGAGAAGAACUGCGAGGAGCAUGAGAGCGUGGAGCGGAGCCGCAGGCUUCAGACGGAGCCUAUCGACUUGUACGAGUGCCUGCGGGCGUUCACCAACGAGGAGGAGCUCGGCGAUGAGGAACUCUGGUACUGCAACAAGUGCAAGAAGCAUCGGUUAGCGGUGAAGAAGCUUGAGAUUUGGAGUCUUCCUCCCAUUCUGGUGAUCCAUUUGAAGCGCUUUCAGUACGUGAAUGGUCACUGGGUCAAGUCAAACAAGAUUGUCAACUACCCCAUGGCGGGCUUUGACCCCUCUGCAUUCCUAGUACCCAGGCCACCCGGUAGCCACUUGACCGUCAGGCGUGAGAACACGACCGUAACCACGGUAACCGUGCGCAGCUCGGUCAAAGAGGAAAAGGAGGAAGAUGUGGAGGCUGAAAAGGCCGCGUCGAACUGUGCGGAUAGCAACGAUUUCAAUUCACCAUUCGGUCUUGUUACUUCUGGAUUACCUACUUCCGGGCCUGUUACUUCCGGUUUGUGCAACUCAAUGUCUGCUACUUCCGUUGAGAACACAAAUGGCUGUGCGUCUUGUAGCAGUCGAGAUAUGGACUGUUCGGGUGCAACCACGAGUCAAGUCGAACUCAAUACCAAGAACAACUCACGCAAUUCUUCCAUAUCCAGCCUUAACUCUGCUAAAGUACAUCCAGAAGUCAGCGGUAGCAAGGUUGCUAGGGACCAUAGUACGCCGUCGCCAUGUCGUGAUGGCUCGUGUCGUGAUGCCCCGUUUCGUGAUGGCGCAAGUCAUGAUGUCGCCUGUCGUGAUGGUUCGUGUCGUGAUGUCCCGUUUCGUGACGGCGCAAGUCCUGAUAGCGCGUGCCCUGGUAUCGAUUGCCGUGAUGGCCCGUGUCAUGCUAAUGGAUGUUGUGAUGAUCCAUCUCAGGAGAAUAUACGGUACAGGGCAUCUUCCAUGUCGUUCAAGACUCCUGUUUAUCGACUCUACGCUAUGUCGUGUCAUUCUGGAGUCCUUGGUGGAGGGCACUACAUCUCGUACUCACACAACCCGAACGGCAAGUGGUACUGCUACAAUGAUAGUAGCUGCAAGGAAUGUGACGUCAACAAGAUGCACGUGGACUCGCCCUACCUGCUAUUCUAUCAGCAAGACGACUUGAAUGAGAAGGCCUUCCUCCCCAGCGUCCGCGAUAGGACGCCCGACAAUGUCAGUGACGACGAGGAUUUCGAGAACGAUGUCAAGCGAAUGUGCUCCGUUCAGUAGCCGUGUGGUGCCUGUGAGACUUGUCCGCUUGCGUCCUUUCGUCUGUGAGCCGAUCAAAGUCGACUUGUUUAUCGUGACAGUCGUGUUUUUACCGUGUAACUCUUCUACCCAAGUGAUGUAGAACUUGUGUCAACUUGUAACACAUUCUUUAUUAAACCGUAUACAAUACGUGAUGUAAGUAAAAUUACGGCUUUAGGGAUUGGUUUGAAAUGUUUUUUUUUUUAUUUCUCUAAGCCUUGCCCAGAAAGCUUUUGCUUGAGAUCUCGCAGUUUGUGCCGACUAUUGUUUUAAAUUCCAAUUGUUUUCGGUCAAAAUUUAGAAACCCUUUACAGUGUCUCAAUUACGGGAAAAAUAAACCUAGAGAAUUAAAACCCAAAACAUGUUCUUACUCGCUCUGCGAUCCAAUUGAAUAUUAUUUCUAGUAGAUACUUCUAUCACAUAUAUUUUCUUUUCGGACAGGCAAGACAGUAGCACAUGCUAAACAUAUAGACAAUUUGAUGACAGGCUUGCUGCUCGGUGCAAAACUAUGUUUUGAACCGUUUUCAAUUUUUCUAGUGUUGACCAAGGUAUUAGUAACAGUUCCUAAGCUAUUUCUUAACAUGCAAAUGUUUCACCAUUAAUAUCACAUAACGAAUGUCAUGGUCAUAGAGUUAUAAGGAGUAUUCAUGCGCAUAAGUGUUUAUUGAAUGCAAAAUUGAGUGAAUUAUAAUGCUAAAGCUAAUGGUACAUUGGAGUAUUGUAAAUAAAUCUAUUUAUCGAAUUUUAUUCGCGGAAAUAUUCAUGUACAGUGACGAAUGGUUUGAAAAUAAAUUCCUUUGCGUUUGUAAA